CCGCCUGGGCUCAAGCAGCACGAGCGUGGGCGCGGGCAGCAUGCAGAGGAGGGCGCUGACGGCUCGGUCACCGAUUCCGCCGUAUUCAGGCUCACGCCCAGCCGAAGGGAGAGGCACUCGAUCCCGCUCGGCGCGCCGAGCGACCCGAGGCUCGGACAGCGCAGCGAGGGUGCCCACCUUGGGGCGCUCGGGCUCUGGUCGGCGGCCGCCGGCUUCGCGGCGCAGGCUUGGGCUGACCGAGCAGCGCGGCGACGUGGAGGCGCGGCGCCGGGUCGAGGGAGAGCGGCAGCUAGUCUGCCCUCGCCUGCCCCGGCUGGCCGCAGAGAAGGUGAGGCUGAAGACCCAGACGGUUUAACUAGGCGUGCUGAAGGCCUUGCUCGCCUGGCUCCGCCUGGGCUGCCUCCCGGACUGGACGCGCGAGGAUUGGGACUGCACCCUGGUGGAAUUCGUGGAGUGGCUCUUCGACAAAGGCGGGGCUGCUACGACGGCGAAGCGAGUCGGCCCCGCCCUGCUCUGGGGAGAUCCCCGCCUCGCUCUGGGAUCCUUGCGGACCACCUUCCCGGCCCUGCAGCAGGCGCUGAGGGGCUGGAACCAGCGACGACCCGAGUUCUCGCGCCCUCCGCUGCCCUGGCUGGUGGUGGCCGCUGCGGCCCGAGAGCUGCUCGACCUCAACAUGGGCAUGGCAGCGCUUGGGAUCAUGAUAAUGUUCGAAACCUACAUGCGCCCCUCCGAGCUGCUGGCGCUCCUGACCGACCACGUCGCGCGGCCCAUCCCGGGCGAGGCGGGGGCCGCCCGCUGGCUGACCUCAUCCGGGCGCAGGAGGCGCUGGUGCCGUCCAAGACGAACGCGUUCGACAUCAGCGUGCCGCUGGACUUUGGGAGGCAGUGCUGGCUAGCCCGCUGUGUGGAGGUGGCGGUGCGCCGCCGUGGCACGGGCAGUUCGCUCCUCGGCCUCGUGUGCGCGGACUUCGCCGCAGCCUUCAAGACGGUCUUGAAAGGAGUUGGUGCCUCGGUGCUGCAGGGCACCCUCUACUCGCUCCGCCAUGGCGGCGCCAGCCACGACCGGAGCAUGGGCGCCAGGUCCUUGGCCGCCGUGCAGCAGCGCGGCGGGUGGCGCGCGUUCCAGAGCGCCACGCGCUACGAGAAGCACGGCCGCCUGGGCCUCCGGCUGCAGAAGUUGGGGCCAGCGCGCUUGGCGCUGCUCCGGCAAAGGUCGGCUGGUAUCGAGCUCGCCUUCGAGAGGUACUUCGGGCUGCGCUGA